AAAUCGUGGCCUCUUUGUCAAGCUUGCCUCUCCUUCCCCCAACUCCCUCUCACACCCCCACCAUUAUAAACCGCCAAAACUGGUUCUCACACCACACUCGUGCCCCUCGAAAACCUUUCUUUCCAAUUCAUAUAAAUUUCCCAAGCUCAUCACUCAUUCCUCUCUCUCUCUCUCUCUCUCCACGGACAUGGCUUGCAAUCUUUCUCAGAGGCAGAUUUAUGCAUUAACAAUAUCUUUAGCCGACGAAGCUUCUUGGUGCUGUGUUUUCGUCUUGUUAACCCUACUGUUGCUGAACUCUUGCAAGGAGACUACUACGAUAGCAAAUGAUGAGGAUGUCAAAGGGAGACAGCUUUUGGACAGACCCUGUGAUGAAAUCUAUGUUGUCGGAGAAGGAGAAACCCUUCACUCCAUCAGCGACAAGUGUGGUGAUCCAUUUAUCGUGGAGCAGAAUCCUCAUAUUCAUGAUCCCGAUGAUGUUUUUCCUGGACUUGUCAUCAAGAUCACCCCUAUGAAGUCUAGGAAGUCAUUGAGGUAGCUUUGUUCACUUCAGAAUUACUUUUGGUUGUAAUUAUAGUUUGUUUAGUUUUCCUCAUCAAUGGAAGAAUCGAAACAUUCUUGUAAGAACAUAAGAUAUACCCGAAUUAAACAUUCUUCUUCAUACUUGUAAGAUUGAUCAAUGGAUCGAACUUCUUGUUUAUUA